UACAACAUCAGUGUGAUGCGAUGCAGUCAGUCGCACACACAGAAAGACAGACAGACAGCCUCACAGGUCCACACCACCAUAUUCGUCGUCUUGGACAGUGCUGUGCUGUGCCUGCCUCACUCCGAAGCCUCAGGAGGGGGAGGGGGAAGAGUUGCUGCCCUUGUGGAUGCUGCUUUGAAUGUGUCCUGCAACACUCGCGGACCGCUGAUGCACUACGGAAGCACUGAUUUGGCUGUAGUGAAGCCGGAACGGGGGGAGUGAAUGGGCGAAUCAUCGCGUAUGUAGCGCGGUAGAGGACUUGCUCUGUCGGCGCGAUUCUGUUCAUGAAGCGAGUGUUAGGGUUUUGUUACGGUCGCACUUUGGAGCAGUGGAUUGGUUCAGUGGACAUCAUUGUGGUGUCUUGGGAAGGCUCCCUGUUGCUACGUCGCUGCUUCCUCCAUUGAUCUACCUCUUUUCUCUGGAGGGCUUUGGAUGAUGUCGUGAUAUUUGCAUCGAUUUAUAGGACUGAAGCAUGGAGGGGAGUAAUAUUUACGACCGUGCCUUGUGGGUGGCACUGGCCAUAUCUGCUGGUGUCGCAGCUGGAACAGCGGCAGCAGUUACAGCCAGUGCAUUUCCAUAUGCAUUCGGUGCUGCCUUUACCGCUUUAAAGUCCAAGAGGAAGAAGGAGUCACGGGAGCAUCGUUAUCGAUACAAAUCUGAUAAAUCGAAGAGGUCGUCCAGUAAACCAAAGGAUGAACAGGCUUACAGGAAUGCUGUACGACACUGCUUAUUGGAAUGGAAGGACAUCGAUGUUUCCCUUGACAACUUUCCGUAUUUUCUAAAUGAGAGCACAAAAGCUGCAUUACUGGAUUCCAUGUAUGUCUUUCUAAAGAGGCCGGAAUUCUGUAAACACCUAAAUGAAUUGGGGAGUGUGAGCCCACGCAUCUUGUUAAGUGGUCCUCUCGGUUCUGAGAUUUACCAGGAGACGUUGAUAAAGGGUUUAGCACAGCAUUUGCAAGUCAAUCUUCUUGUAUUUGACAGCACACGGAUUUUCUUGGAGGUGCACUCUUCUCCCUCUGUUCCCUGUGCAAGUGAAGCAGUCUCUUCUGUUGUGGAGUGGGUAACCGACGCUUCCACAGCUGCAAAUCAGCAUUCUACGGAUGCCCCUACAAUACAAGUAUUGGACGGUGUAAAUGGCGAUGCUAAAGAUGCGACUAGUGCGCAUACUCGACCCGCAAUAUAUGAUGCAAGGUCAUCAGAAACCUCUUCCGAAAUCGUGAGGGCAACACCGUCUACUGGAUCUGAGGGUAGUGGUUUAGGACCAUUGGUCCAGUUACGUACGAAAACUAAGGGAGACCCUAACGUGGAUGCAAAGACUCUAGCGAAUGCUGUAGCAGCCGCUGCUGCCGCUUCGGCUACCUCUGUUGAGUCUCGUCGGUCGCUUAAGAAGGGUGAUCGAGUGAAGUAUAUUGGAGCUUCGAGUUCAGGUUUGUCUGGAGGUCUUGCUCUGAUUAGCCAUACUCCCACGUCUGGUAGGGGACCUUCAAUUGGAUUGAAAGGUCGGGUUCUCUUGGUGCUGGAAGACAAUCCCAACAAAGUUGGGGUACGGUUUGACAAGGCUGUGUACGGUGGCAAUAAUUUGGUUGAUCUAUGUGAAGAUGGCCAUGGAUAUUUUUGCAAUGUGUCGGAGCUUAGGUUGGAGCCUCCUGGAGAAGAUGUUGACAAGUUAAUAUUGGAGUCUCUUUUUGAUGUUCUGAAGACAGAAUCUCAGAAGGAACCGCUGAUCCUAUUUAUACGAAAUGUUGAGAAGUCUAUUAUGGGAAACUUUGAGCGAUAUAUUAAACUUGAAACUUUAAAAGAUUUACGGUUGGUGGUCAUUGGGUCACAUACAAGUGAUCAACAAAAGGAGAAGGGUAGUGCGAGUUCUUCAACUUUCACAAAAGUUGGGAAUAAUGUGACUGCCCUUUUGGAUCUCUCCUUUUUGGAUCAUUUGGCUUCCCGCAUGGAGGACCAUAAAGGUGACGGUUCAAAGGCUUCAAAACUGCUUGUAAAGCUUUUUCCCACUAAGAUUCAUCUGCAGCAACCUCAAGAGGAAGCUUUAUUGACGGAUUGGAAUAGGCAGUUAGAACUUGAUACGGAGAAGUUGAAAGCAGAAGCGAACAGACAGCAACUUCGCAUGGUUAUGGGAGCUUCAAACGUAGAAUGUGAUGAUCUUGAAAGCAUUGAUAUUCGAACUCACAUUCUCACUAAAGAAAUGUUGGAGAAGGUUGUGGGGUGGGGUAUUAGUCACCACUUACAGAAGCAGUCUGGGCUUGUUUCUCGUAAUAAUAAACUUGUCAUUGAUGCACAAAGUUUGCAGCACAGCUUAACAGAACUGCAGUCCGUGCAGCGGAGUCCUGCUCGGAAGAAGAGUCUAAAGGAUGUUGUCACUGACAAUGAGUUUGAGAAGAUGCUCUUGCCGGAAGUCAUCCCUCCUGAUGAGCUUGGAGUAACAUUCGAUCAUAUUGGUGCCCUGGACAAUGUGAAAGAAACCUUGCGUGAGUUGGUAAUGCUUCCGUUGCAGCGCCCGGAGCUUUUUGUCAAAGGCCAGUUGACGAAGCCAUGCAGAGGCCUUUUGCUAUUUGGACCACCAGGUACAGGGAAGACUAUGUUAGCUAAGGCUGUUGCAACUGAAGCAGGGGCUAACUUCAUAAACAUUUCCAUGUCUACCAUUGCUUCCAAGUGGUUCGGAGAAGCUGAGAAGUAUGUGAAAGCAGUUUUUACAUUGGCUAGCAAGAUUUCACCUAGUGUAAUUUUUAUUGAUGAGGUGGACAGUAUGCUUGGGCGGCGUGGGAAAGAUACUGAACACUCGGCUAUGCGUAAGUUGAAGAACGAGUUUAUGGCUAGCUGGGAUGGUUUGCGUACCAGAGAAAGGGAGCGCGUGCUCGUUUUAGCAGCGACCAAUCGACCAUUUGACCUUGAUGAAGCUGUUAUCCGGAGGUUUCCUCGCAGGUUAAUGAUAGAUUUGCCAGAUGCAGAUCAACGCGCCAAAAUUAUGAAGGUUAUCUUGGCAGAGGAAGAUUUGGCACCAGAUUUCUGUGUAGAGGAGUUGGCUGCUGCUACUGACGGAUACUCAGGCAGUGACUUGAAGAGUUUAUGUACAACUGCUGCAUACAGGAGGAUACGGGAAUUACUAGAUCAAGAAAAGAAGGAUAAAGAGAGAGCCAAGGCAACAGGCGUUGAUCCUCCUCAAGUUGAAGCUGGAGUCACUCCUUACAUUCGUCCCUUGACCAUGGCUGACAUGCGUCAGGCUAUGGAGAAGGUAAGGUCUAGUGUAGCUUCAGAUGCUGGGAGCAUGAUGGAGCUUCAGCAAUGGAACGAGCAAUAUGGAGAGGGUGGAACGCGCAAAAGGACCACUUUAAGUUAUUACAUGUAAUAUUUCUGUUUAUUUUCGGGCACUUCACAGCCCUUCCUUUCAAGCGAGCACAGCAGGCAAGAGCAUUCAGGAACACUGUCACUUUCAGACUUGCCAGGUCAUCGUGUGUAAAGCACCACGUCCUAACACCGCUCUUUCAGAAGCUUCGCAUUGGAAUUGUAAACAGAACUCCAAUUAAUGAGUCUGAAGGGUACAGCACAUGAUCUUUUUGUGCCCAGUUGUCGGAGGUUGUCAGGUGUGUCACCUCUUGACAAAGUUGCCGCUUUGAUCUAUUUGUCCAUCGCCUAGGUGGUGCGAGGAAGCAGUUACUAGAUCAUCAAAACAUUCAAACGCAAGUUUUACUACUUGUAUUCCGUGACAUGCAAUCAAUGACGUAUCUGGUUGAAAACCGUUCUUGGCAA